AUGAGUACUUUUAUGACAGACGAUCCACCUAGUGGUGAAGUGGAAGUUUCAAAACUAAAUAGUCCCUUUACUAAAAUUAAUGAGAAAACUUACACUACCAACACAUAUUACCUUCCAGAAGAAAGGCCUAACCCACAAAAGCAGUACAUGUCCUAUUCUGAUGGAGAAUAUUAUUCAGAAGAAGAUGAUGAUGAAGAUGAUGAAGAACAUUAUCAUACAGAUGGAGAAACUUAUGAAUCAGAAGAUGAAGAAGAUCAAGAAGAUAAAGAUGAUGAGAACGUAGAUAAUGAUGAUGCAGAAGAUAAUGAUGAUGAACUAGAAGAUAAUAAUGAAAAACAAGAAGAUGAACCAAGUAAUCAAGUUGUUCCUUGUUUACAAGCCGGUGAAGGUACAAGUUCCGGCGAAUUACAAGAUCUUCUUCCAUAUGAAGAAGACGUUCAACAAACACCCUAUAAUUAUGAAAAACCAACACUCACCUUAUAUGGAUUAAUGAUGUUUAUUGUCUUCUUAAUGCGUUUAGGAAGAGCAAGUUCUAAAAGGCUGAGAAAGAAAUUUAAAGCUAGAAGAGAUUUACUUGGAUGGUUGGACAUACUUAAUUAUAAAAUUAAUAGGCACGAUAAGAGAAUGAUGGCAGAUCUACAAAUACUAGAAACUAAAAUUAACAUGGAAGAGGAAAGAAUGGAAAAGAAAUUUGAUAAAAAAAGAUUUGAUGCGAAAAACAGAGCAUUAUGUAAACUAGGUGAUGAUCCUGCACCUUGUAUAGGUCCUCGUUAUGACAGAAGAGGUAUACUCUUAGAAAAGAAAUUGAAUAAAAUAGAUUUGGAAUAUGAAAGAUAUAGAAUGAAAAAGAUUAGACGUUGGAACAAAAUGAAAGAAAAAUUUCACAAAAAACUAAAGAAGGUUCAGAAAAAACAAGAAAAGAGAAGACUAAAAAAGUGCAGAAAAAUGCACAAGUUUGAAAGAAAAUGGAAUGGUGCACCCCACUCAUUUAAAGCAUACAUUAGACUCAAGACUGCAGAACAAAGAGUUUAA